UUACGACAGAGUGGUACGUUUACGGCCUCUCGUGUUAAAUGCAGUCACAGGGGUAAACAAGCAAACUCGGCGUGGCUUUCUUGUUCGAAAAAGGAAAUAACAUCGAGUGUGUGGUGACAAUGCUUCUUCAGAGUCGAGCUGUGUUUGCCUUUGGUCUUCGGAUGUGCUCCACCCAUGUGACCAAAGGACCUUUGAUAGACAUAGCAAGACCCAGCUCAGGUAAAAUGAAGGGUACUCGAGAUUUGUCUGAAUUUCGCACGGUCUUUUCCAAAGCCAAGCACAUAGUUAUCAUCACAGGUGCAGGUGUGAGUGCAGAGAGUGGAGUACCGACCUUCAGGGGAGAAAAUGAGAAGUGGAGGAAGUGGCAGUCCCAGGACCUGGCUACUCCAGAGGCCUUCUCUCGCACCCCUUCUCGGGUUUGGGAGUUCUACCAUUACAGGAGGGAGCUGGCAUUGAACAAGAAGCCCAGUGCUGCCCAUCUGGCUAUAGCAGAGUGUGAGGCCCGGCUGAGGAAGCAGGGACGUUCCGUGGUUGUCAUCACCCAGUGCACAGAUGACCUUCACCGCCAGGCUGGGUCCAAACACGUACUCAAGAUUCAUGGCAGCCUGAUGGAGACACGCUGUGUGAGUUGUGGACAUGUGACCGUGAACAAGCAUAGCCCCAUUUGUGCUGCCCUAAAGGACAAAGGUUCACCUGACCCAGAUGUUGCUGAUGCCCAGAUUCCAGUGGAUAAACUGCCAAGGUGUGAAGACAGUGACUGCCAUGGACUGCUAAGGCCCAACGUGGUGUUUUUUGGAGAAACUCUGGACUCCCAUAUCCUGACCAAAGUGGAAAAAGAGAUGGAAAUCUGUGACCUCUGUCUGGUGGUGGGAACGUCUUCAAUUGUUUACCCAGCAGCCAUGUUUGGCCCCCGGGUUGCAUCCAGAGGCGUCCCAGUGGCAGAGUUCAACACACAAACAACACCAAAAACUGAAUACUUCACGUACCAUUUCCAGGGUCCAUGUGGAACUACACUGCCUCCAGCCUUGGCACGACAUGAGUCAGAGGCUAUUUACUGACUUUAUAGACAGCAGUCGGUGGCUUGUUCUAUAGUCUAAUGCAAUCCAAAGCUGUGGGGUUUCGCAGUAUUUUUUCCAUAUCUUUGCCUUAAAAUCAGUUUAGCUGUUAAUGCUCGGUAGAGGGAGAGCUGUAAAUAAUUUAGCAUUUCGCUAGACUUCAAGAUGGAUCUUUUAAUACUUGAAUAUAGAGCUCACUAUACUGGAAAUGAGAUUUUGAAUGUUUUACAUAUUUGCUGCUUAGAGUUAAGCAGGAACUAUGCAGCUCGAUAUAAGAAAGGGAAUGCACUAUGUAUGUAAAUCUUUGCAUAGGAAAACAUUUCCUCAGUCCUCAGAGAUCGCUGUUCUUCUUUACAUAUUAGAUGCUGGGGUGGGAUUGUUAUAUUUUAGAUAUACUGCGCUCUAAAAUGUUUCUGUAGAACAGAACAACAUAUUACUCCUUGUGCCAAUGGACCACCAAAUGAACAGAUGUACAGACCAUAACAUAAUCUUGUGCCUUUCAGAACUGUUUACACAACCUUGACCAAAUGCUCAGUUUGUUUUCGACCAAGGACAGAAAAGGUGGAGAGAGGGAAAAUGUCUUUUCAACCCUAUCUUGAAUCAGCAUUAUUUCAUUCUCAUGCUCUUAGACUGUUUUGUAUGAGGAAAGUUACAUGUCAUGGAUUAUUCAUGACACACUUGAUACAUUUUUACACAUUUUCAGUGUUUGUUUUCAAAGAAAUAUAUGUGUUCAAUUACUGUAGAUGGAAAUUGUCUAAAAAAUGAAAUCAACCAUAUAAUAUUUAACAUGAUCUGUUUUUUUUAACAACUUUUUGCCCAUAAGCAUCACGCACAAUUUCUUAUGAUGUAUUCUCUUAGAACUGCCAAUGCAAUGAAACAGAACAUAAUAAUUAAAACACUACAUGUA